AUGUCCAAAAUUACAACAAUUAACCCAACCCUUGCAACCAAGCGGCUCCACGAACGAGACUUGUCGGAUCACAAAAUGUUUAUCGGGGGGCUGAAUUGGGAAACAACUGAUCAAUCACUCAAAGACUACUUUUCCCAAUUCGGGGAAGUCCAAGAAUGCACAGUAAUGCGUGACGGCGCCUCGGGGCGUUCAAGGGGAUUCGGCUUCCUUACUUUCAAAGACCCCAAGACCGUGAACACGGUGAUGGUGAAAGAACAUUAUCUCGAUGGUAAAAUUAUCGACCCGAAGCGCGCCAUUCCUAGAGAUGAACAGGAGAGGACAAGUAAAAUAUUUGUCGGUGGAGUUAGCCAAGAGGCAACCGAACAAGACUUUAAACAGUUUUUUAUGCAGUUUGGUCGCGUUGUGGAUGCUACCCUCAUGAUCGAUAAGGAUAGUGCGAGGCAGCCGUCGAAGCGACCCUCUCAGGACCGCUAG